AUUUAGUGUUGUAAAACACUUCGAUUGCUGUAUGUGCUGACUGUCCAUCCCUGGGAACUUUUUGUUUAUAAACGCGAGUUUUUUUGUUGUAUAAAAUACCCUUAAAUGGACGAAAUCCUGUUUCCCACACAACAAAAAAGCAACUCACUCAGCGAUAGCGACGAUGUGGAUCUCAAGUUCUUCAACACAGCCACCGGCGAGCGGAAAGACAGCGACACCGCCUCGGACACGGCCAAUGAGACGGAUCGCGAUGCCAAAGACGGCGACAUGGACACCAAAAACACAGAUGGCGAUGGCGACUCCGGCGAGCCGGCCCUUAAGAAGCUAAAGACCAAGAAGGAACUGGAGGAGGAGGAGCGCGAACGCAUGCAAGUUCUGGUUUCCAACUUCACGGAGGAGCAGCUGGAUCGCUAUGAGAUGUACCGCCGUUCAGCCUUCCCCAAGGCGGCCGUCAAGCGGCUGAUGCAGACGAUAACCGGCUGUUCGGUCUCACAGAACGUCGUCAUAGCCAUGUCCGGCAUCGCCAAGGUCUUUGUGGGCGAGGUGGUGGAGGAGGCACUCGAUGUAAUGGAGGCCCAGGGCGAGUCGGGCGCCCUGCAGCCGAAGUUCAUCCGCGAGGCAGUGCGUCGGCUGCGCACCAAGAACCGCAUGCCCAUAGGACGCUACCAGCAGCCCUAUUUCAGAUUAAAUUGAUCGCAUUGCAUGUGUGGAGUGUGGAACCUAGUGCGUAAGGUAGAAUAAUAUCGGUUACAAAAUAAUCUUUAU